AUGUCGCACACCCAACCCUCUCCCACCGCGGGCGUGGCUCCGCACCAUGCCGCAGCUCAUCUGGCCGCGCACGCGCAGGCCAACGGUCAUAUGCCAGCUAUCCCAGUUGCUAAUCAGAAGGGAGUCCCUCCCUUAACAACGGCUCAAAAAAUCGCGGCGCUGAACGAGCAGGUCUGGCUCCAAAUAGGAAGCUUGACCGAAUUGAUGGGCGACUUGGAGGGUGCAAUGAACGCGUAUGAACAGGCUCUGCGUCACAACCAGUGGUCUAUCUCAGCUAUGAACGCCAUCUCGUGUAUUCUUCGCACAAAGGAGCAAUUCCCCAAAGCGAUUGAAUACUUGCAAAAUAUUUUGAAGCUCGACCCAAGCAGCGGAGAGACCUGGGGCAGCUUAGGUCACUGCCACCUUAUGAUGGAUAAUUUGCAAGAGGCAUAUACUUCUUAUCAGCAAGCUCUUUACCACUUGCGGGAUCCCAAGGAACCCAAGCUUUGGUAUGGAAUUGGUAUCUUGUACGAUCGCUAUGGCUCUUUGGAUCACGCCGAAGAAGCUUUCUCACAAGUGAUGCGCAUGGCACCCGAGUUCGAGAAGGCCAACGAGAUCUAUUUCCGCCUGGGAAUCAUAUACAAGCAACAGCAGAAGUUUAGCCAGAGUCUGGAGUGCUUUAAAUACAUCGUCAGCGAUCCCCCACGCCCUCUCACCGAAGAAGACAUUUGGUUCCAGAUUGGCCAUGUCCACGAGCAACAGAAGGAUUAUGAUUCUGCUCAAUCCGCGUAUCAGCGCGUGCUCGAGAGGGAUCCCAACCAUGCCAAGGUUCUUCAGCAGCUUGGCUGGCUCUACCACCAGCAGAGUCCAGGCUUCCAAAGUCAGGAGAAGGCUAUCCAGUUCUUGGAGAAGUCUGUCAAUGCUGACAACACCGAUGCCCAAAGCUGGUACCUCCUCGGUCGCUGUUACAUGUCAUUGGCGAAAUAUCCCAAGGCGUACGAAGCUUACCAGCAAGCUGUAUACCGCGACGGACGCAACCCUACCUUCUGGUGCUCGAUCGGUGUCCUCUACUAUCAAAUCAACCAGUACCGUGAUGCUCUCGACGCCUACUCUCGGGCUAUUCGCCUGAACCCUUACAUUUCCGAAGUCUGGUAUGACCUGGGUACUCUAUAUGAAUCUUGCAACAACCAGAUUGCCGAUGCUCUGGAUGCAUAUGGACGUGCCGCCGACCUCGAUCCAAGCAAUGUACACAUCAAGACUCGCUUGCAGCUUCUGCAAACCCAACUCUCCACUGGCACUGCCGGCCAGCAGCCACCAAAUGCCCCUGCUCCUCAGCCUCAGGAUGUCCAUCCCCAGGCUUACCAGGCUCCUGGAGUCGGUCAGCCUCCAGCGCCGCAAUGGGGCGCUCCUGCUCCCAUCGGCCCUGCUCCACAAGCCCCCGCUCCCCCUCGAUCGAUUCCUGACUGGAACCGUGGUAUCAAUGAGCUUCAGUCUCAGCCCCAGGGUCCCCCCUCUAAUGGUCUUGAACAGCGUGAUGCUCGACUCCCCGGUGUUGCUGGGCAGAGUCCUCGCCAGGAGCCAGGUCGGGCAUUCCCUGACCCCCGUGUCGCAGGUCGCUCGCCCAAGAUGGGUGAACCCUCCCCCUACCCACCCCCUCACACCCUUCCCCAGAUCGGGAAUGCGCCUGGUCCGGGUCACGAACGAGCUCCUAGUGGCGGCAACGCAUUUGGUGUCCCACGAGGCGGUCUUCCCCUUGCUCCCCCUGGUCCUGCUGGUCCCCCUGGGGCUAAUGGUGGUGCCCCUCCCCCUCCUUACCAGGGUCGUCCUUUCAGCCCUGCUCCUGAAAUUCGCCCCAUUCGCGAUGAGCGCCCUUCUUCUCCGGGAUCCGGAUACCCCCAUCAACAGUUCCACCCUGGCCCCGCUCUUCCUCCCCAAGUGCCCGGUGGUAACUCAAUCGCCUCUGGUGCCCCAGCACCAUCCUCUGCGGCUACCGCAGCAGCUGAUGCCGCUGCUCGCGACCGUGAAGACCGUCCUACUUCCGCCAUGAAGCGUGGUCGUGAAUGGGAGGCCGAUGCCGGUCCAAUCAAGAAACUUGCAAAUGAUGAAAGCCGCGCCCGUCUGGAUGAUCAGAACACUCGUCGCUCCAGUCCUCCCGCUCGUCUGCCUUCUCCUGGUGAGAUGCAACGGCGUAGCUCCUCGGAAGCUCGUCGUGAAGACGCCCGUCGCGCCAAUGAAAACUACCACCCUUCGGAGGCCGCUCACCACCCUCCUACCCUUCCUUCCAUCCAAGACAUGCCUCCUCAUGGUGCCGGCGGGCCCAGCCUUCCCCCCAUGACUGAAGGUUCUGCUCCCGCAUCCAACGGCCCUGCCUCUGGGCCCCCUUCGGCCAACACUCCGGUCAAAGAGGAAGCACCUCGCCCUGAGGCACCUCCUGCGCACGAGCCCCCCGCGCGGAAGAUGGAUGUCGAUGAGGAUUAUGACGAUGAAGUUGAAGAGGAGAAGAAAGCGGCCGCUGCCUCCAAGGGUAGCCCAAAUGGUAGUGCAGCCGGCAACCCAGCCAACGGCACUAAUAUCGUCACUCCCACCACCUCGACGACUAACGACAACAGGGUCAAGAUGAGUCACCGGAAGUACGAAGCGCCUCGUCACGGCUCCCUCGCCUACCUGCCGCGCAAGCGCGCUGCCCGUCACCGCGGAAAGGUCAAGAGCUUCCCCAAGGAUGACGCCAGCAAGCCCGUCCACCUGACUGCCUCCAUGGGUUACAAGGCCGGUAUGACCACUGUCGUCCGUGACCUUGACCGUCCCGGUGCCAAGAUGCACAAGAAGGAGAUUGUCGAGGCCGUCACCGUCAUCGAGACCCCUCCUCUCGUUGCCGUCGGUGUCGUCGGAUACAUCGAGACUCCCCGUGGUCUCCGCUCGCUCACCACCGUCUGGGCUGAGCACCUGAGCGACGAGGUCAAGCGCCGCUUCUACAAGAACUGGUACAAGUCCAAGAAGAAGGCCUUCACCAAGUACGCCAAGUCCCACGCUGAGUCCUCCGGUGCCUCCAUCACCCGCGAGCUCGAGCGCAUCCAGAAGUACUGCACUGUUGUCCGUGUUCUCGCCCACACCCAGAUCCGCGAGACCCCCAUCAAGCAGAAGAAGGCCCACCUUAUGGAGAUCCAGGUCAACGGUGGCUCCGUCUCCGACAAGGUUGACUUCGCCAAGAACCUCUUCGAGAAGACCAUCGACAUUGACUCCAUCUUCGAGAAGGACGAGAUGAUUGAUGUCAUCGCCGUCACCAAGGGUCACGGUUUCUCCGGUGUUACCUCCCGUUGGGGUACCACCAAGCUUCCCCGCAAGACUCACAAGGGUCUCCGCAAGGUCGCUUGUAUUGGUGCCUGGCACCCUAACCACGUCCAGUGGACUGUGGCCCGUGCCGGUCAGGACGGUUACCACCACCGUACCUCUUGCAACCACAAGGUCUUCCGUAUUGGCAAGGGCUCCGAUGAGGGUAACGCCUCCACCGAGUUCGACAUCUCCAAGAAGCAGAUCACCCCCAUGGGUGGCUUCGUCCACUACGGCCAGGUCAAGAACGACUUCGUCAUGGUCAAGGGCUCCGUUCCCGGUGUUAAGAAGCGUGUCAUGACUCUCCGCAAGACCCUCUACCCCCAGACUUCCCGCCGUGCUACCGAGAAGGUCGACCUCAAGUGGAUCGAUACCUCCUCCAAGUUCGGUCACGGUGCUUUCCAGACCGCCGAGGAGAAGAAGGCCUUCAUUGGUACCCUCAAGAAGGACCUUGUCGAGACUGUUUAA